GACUGCCUGCAGCAUGGAUAUCCCCGAGUAGAAGUGCAAAGGGAAAGUGAACAAGGGAGCAUGGCAAAGGAACUGAUUUGUAACGAGUCCACUGAUGUCGUCACUAUAUAAUAAAGGGACCUCAAAUAGCGCAGUAUUACACUAUUAUAUUUAAGAACAAUACUGAGAAACGCAAUAAGCAAAUCUGUAAUUGUAAUAUAGUGUCACACAGCAGCAGGAGGAGAACAGAUAGGCCCACUGUUACCUGCUGGUUUAAGCUUUGUGUUUCAGUUUGAGAGUCACCUGUCACUUCUGGUGUAAUGGAGAAAUAACAUUCGACGCAAGUGCUGGUCUGACAGGUGUAUUGAUGGCUGUGUCUGAGAACCAUAUAGCAGGAAGGGUUACUGUGUACUCAGUGCCAGGAUGCCCGCACUGCUUACAGGCCAAGGCUGCUUUACAGGCCCUGAAUCUACCAGUGUGUGAAGUGGAUGUGAGUCAUGAUGCAGCUGUCAGGGCCUGGCUGGAUAAGAUGACUGGUAGCAGCACUGUGCCACAGAUAUUCUUUAACGACGUCCACAUAGGAGGAAAUGAGAGUCUUCAAAAUUUGGGCCCUGAGGAACUUGAACCUCUGGUACGUAUGGUGAAGGAGAAGCCUGUGCCCCCAGAUGCCCCACCAUUAUCUGCAGGAGCCAGCCCUGAUUUUGAGAAGAGGGAUAUAGGAGCAAUGACAGCUUCUGAAUUAUCUGAGGUCCUGAGGAAUCUGAUCACGAAACUGUACUCUGAUCACCUCUCUGCUGAUGGCAAGUUAGUGGACUAUAAGGCCAUACCUAAAAGCACAUGCUAUGAACGGUAUUGUGAGCUGGUUGUGGCCCUACAGCAUGUGGAGCUGCUCUGUCUGAGUCAUGAUGAGAGGCUGGCCUUCUUCAUCAAUGUCUACAAUGCCAUGGUUAUCCACGGCUACCUGCGCUUCGGCUUCCCCAAAAACAUGUGGCAGAGGUACCGGUUCUUCAACUUUGUGAGCUACCUGAUUGGAGGAGAGGUGUUCACACUGCAGGAUAUUGAGAAUGGAGUGCUGCGGGGAAAUAGGAAAGGAGUAGCACAAUUUCUGAAGCCCUUCUCAAAUAAUGACCCGAGACUACAGGUUGCACUUCCUGAAGCAGAGCCUCUAAUUCAUUUUGCACUGAACUGUGGUUCGAAAAGCUGCCCAUCCAUUAGGAUCUAUACCCCACAGGACAUUAGCAGUCAGCUGCGAACUGCUGCUGAAGCAUUUCUGGAGGCUGAUGAUGGCUGCAUUGUGAAUUCUGUGAAAAGAGAGCUGAAGCUUAGCAAGAUCUUCAAAUGGUACAAGACAGAUUUUGGAGACACUGAUGAAAAGUUGCUGAACUGGGUUUUAAACCAUAUGAGGGCAUCUCAGAAGAAGACAAGUCUGAAAACUCUUCUAUCUACAGGGAAAGUUAAAGUUAGCUACAUGCCUUAUGACUGGUCCACCAACAGCACACACUAAUUAAAACUCUAUCACUAAGUGUUUAGGGUUUUGGGAUGACCUGCCUAACUCUGAUAGGCUUAUGUUUUCUUUAGCAAAUGCAUGAGAGCACAGAUAUUUCUACUAUGGCUGUAGCCAGCUUCUCUGUCAAUGGUAGGAUAAAAAUGGAAAAAAAAAAACCCAGAAAAGCUGGCGUCCCUUUUAAGGGGAUAACUAUGCAUCUAGAUUCUUAACAAUAAUUCCUCUACACUUCAAAGGGCAAGUUUUACUACCAGCACUUAUGCUAAUAAUUAUACUGGAGAUAUAUAUAUAUCUUUAAUGAUUUGUGUUAACCAUCUUUAUU